GGAGUCCGGAUUACAUAGCAUACUCACACUGUCACAGUACAAGUAUCUUCCUGCGGCUGUUUGGAUUAUCCUAUUGUGUCCCGAUACUGCCGUUUCCUCUUCCUCCUUCCUUCUCUUUUCGUCUCCUUCUCCAAAAUCUCUACCUAGGGGAAACAGGGCCAAUGGUAGUGUUUCCCGAGCCCACAUCUCAUGGUGCUCUCGGCAAUCUCUCCCUACCCGGUACAGCUCCCCUAAAGAGACACUACCGGUAGCCCUCCUGCAGGUAUCCAGGGCCCCGAGCCCUUCGAGCAAUGAAAGCCAGAAAGUAUGCAAGCACCUACAGAGAGUGCAUAACUUAUAUCGCAAAGGGCGGAUCAUGCAAUAGAUGUCAGUGUUAUAAACCAGCACUAACCCUCCUGCAAUUUCCAAUGGUAGAUAGUUUGUGAAUGGUGACGAACCCGGGUGUCUCUUUAGCCUACGGGAAGCACAUU